AUGUCUCCAUCGCCUCAGGCCCCAAUUAUUAUUGGCGUCGGAGAAAUCCGCCAGAGGAAGUUCACGCUCGAAAAUACUCUCGAACCAGCAGAGCUCAUCUUAUCAGCUAUUCGCGAUGCAGCUAAAGACACAUCAGUCGAUGUUAUCGGCCACGUAGACAGUAUUUCUGUUGUUCCUCCGUGGUCCUGGACAUAUGAUGAUCUACCAAAGCUCCUUGCCCAGAAACUUGGUGUCAAGCCGACCCAUCUUGAGCUCUCGAGCCAUGGAGGCCAUACUCCUGCGUUGUUGUGCGACGCGGCAGCUGCAAGAGUUGCGGCAGGGGAAACAAAGCUAGCUGUUGUUACAGGAGGGGAGGCUUUGGCAUCACUAUUUGCGUGUCAGAAAGCCGGACGUCUUCCUCCUCCGGGAUGGAUUGAGAUGUCACCUGAUGCAAAGCUAUAUGGCCCCAGUGAUCCUGCGCUUUUGAAAGACGAAGAUGUUGGCGCUUCACACUCCAUUGGAAUGCCAAUCCAAGUAUACCCUCUAUAUGAAAAUGCAUAUAGAAAGCAUAGCCAACAGACGUUCCAUGAGAACCAUCACGAGUCAGCAGCCCUUUACGCCGAAUUUGACAAGGUUGCUUGUGACCAUCCGAUUAGCUGGAGAGCAGGCGAAACACCUCGGGAUAUUGAUGCUAUCAAGACGAUAACGAAGCAUAAUCGAAUGAUAUGCACGCCUUACCCAUUGUUGAUGAAUGCCUUCAACGGUGUGAACUUGGCGGCGGCUUGUAUCAUCACUUCUGUCGAGUAUGCUACGAAGCUAGGUGUACCCCAGGAUAAAUGGGUGUACAUUACUGGCGGCGCUGGCUCGAACGACAGCUCACAUUUCUGGGAGCGAGCCAACUACUUCUCCAGCCCUGCUAUUGAGUACUCUAUCGACAAGGCCCUCGAAUCCGCUGCGCUCACCAAGCAUGACAUCGACUGCUUCGACUUCUACUCGUGCUUUCCUAUUGUCCCAAAGCUUGCGUGUAAGCACGUCGGUCUCAAUGUUCAGAAGCCAACCAAGCCCAUUACUUUACUUGGUGGCCUUACUUCGUUCGGUGGUGCAGGCAACAAUUACUCCCUUCACGCAAUUGCGGAGAUGACAAGAGUCAUUCGACGCCGAGAGCAUCAAAACGGCCUGGUGCUUGCGAACGGAGGAGUUCUAUCCUGGCAGCAUGCUCUUUGUUUAUCGGCAUAUCCACGGCGCGAUGCUUCCGCUUAUGUGAGAAGAGAAAUUCUUGAUAAUGGUGAUGUUCCUCAAGGCCCAGCGUUUACCCCGACAGCGAAAGGCGAAGCUGUAAUUGAGACUUAUACCGUGGACUAUGAUCGAAAGGGACCGAAACUCGGCCACAUAAUUGGAAGACUGGUAGAGAACGGACAAAGAUUCAUUGCAAACCAUGGUGAUGAGCAUACGCUGGCGACACUUGCGAGCACUAACGGAGAGCCGAUUGGCCUGAAGGGCCAUGUGGAGAUAGCUGCUGACAGCCGAAAUCUCUUCACUUUAACAGCAAGUGCAAAGCUCUAG